AUGGCGGGUACAAUGAAGCGAACGCGGAAGCUGCAGAUUAGCUGCGGGGACGAGGAGGACGAUGCGUUUCCCAGCCAUGGGCUAUGGGAGAUAAGGAAUGAUGACGUGGACAGCGGCUCGACGAUAGAGUCCAAGCCAGGCGGUGCUACUGGUAGUGGUAGCGGAGCUGAGCGGUCUAAUUUAGAGACGUCCUUAGUAAGAGAAAGCUCAGUGAUUCCUACUCCUAGCACCACCACCACCGUAACGACAAGCAUUGCCGACUUUAACUCAUCGAAAUAUGGCGACUCGGUAUCUUCCGCUUGGGACCACAUUUUAGGAAGCGACGCGACUCCCACCGGAAGCGGCGGCCGCGGGUUGCAUGAUUCCCCUCUCACUCCGACCCCGCCAACUCCGAUACACGACAAAAUUCUCCAGUCCACGUCGAUCGAGAUCGGUCACAUCGGCACGCUGACGUGGCGCCAGCUGGCGGUUGACCGCGAUUUGAGGCUGAUUUCCUGGUGGCAUCACGUGCCGCUUUACAGCCGCGACGGGCUCCUUAAUUUUGUCUGCACGACGCCUAUAGGCUCGUGGAUUAAGUACGAGGUAGCUCAGGACGAGGAGUUUACUCCGCUACGCAUCGCCCAAUUCGGCAAUAGCCCUACUAAGCCCGCGCAUUUUGCAAAGAACGCGACGCGGUUCAGCCUAGGGUUUCUCCCGCAGACCUACGCGGACCCCGCGCAGCCCAACCCUGAUUAUGGCGGCCUGGCGUACCAAGGCGGUCCCAUGGACGCCUUGCUGCUGGACCCCAACGACGCGUCGCAAGCCUCGUCGAUUAGUCUGUCCAAUUGUAGGCUGCCGUCCCGCGAUUUACGGACAGGGGAUGUUUGUCAGGUGAAAGUAGUAGGCGCGUUCGCGGUCGUGCAGCAGAAGAGCCGCCUUUCCUGGAAGCUUCCCGCCAUUUCCGCGGCACCGGCUAGCGGUAGUCGAGGUAGCGGUGCCGGCGAGGAUGACGUGGCGGAUCAGAUCAGUGACGUGGCAGACGUGCAUGCGCUGUUCCCGGGCCUGCUAGACGACAUUCGCGCAUGUGUCAGGUCAAGCAGUCUACAGUCAAGACGCAUUAUGGCGGGUACAAUGAAGCGAACGCGGAAGCUGCAGAUUAGCUGCGGGGACGAGGAGGACGAUGCGUUUCCCAGCCAUGGGCUAUGGGAGAUAAGGAAUGAUGACGUGGACAGCGGCUCGACGAUAGAGUCCAAGCCAGGCGGUGCUACUGGUAGUGGUAGCGGAGCUGAGCGGUCUAAUUUAGAGACGUCCUUAGUAAGAGAAAGCUCAGUGAUUCCUACUCCUAGCACCACCACCACCGUAACGACAAGCAUUGCUGACUUUAACUCAUCGAAAUAUGGCGACUCGGUAUCUUCCGCUUGGGACCACAUUUUAGGAAGCGACGCGACUCCCACCAAAAGCGGCGGCCGCGGGUUGCAUGACUCCCCUCUCACUCCGACCCCGCCAACUCCGAUACACGACAAAAUUCUCCAGUCCACGUCGAUCGAGAUCGGUUACGUCGGCACGCUGACGUGGCGCCAGCUGGCGGUUGACCGCGAUUUGAGGCUGAUUUCCUGGUGGCAUCACGUGCCGCUUUACAGCCGCAACGGGCUCCUUAAUUUUGUCUGCACGACGCCUAUAGGCUCGUGGAUUAAGUACGAGGUAGCUCAGGACGAGGAGUUUACUCCGCUACGCAUCGCCCAAUUCGGCAAUAGCCCUACUAAGCCCGCGCAUUUUGCGGAGAACGCGACGCGGUUCAGCCUAGGGUUUCUCCCGCAGACCUACGCGGACCCCGCGCAGCCCAACCCUGACUAUGGCGGCCUGGCGUACCAAGGCGGUCCCAUGGACGCCUUGCUGCUGGACCCCAACGACGCGUCGCAAGCCUCGUCGAUUAGUCUGUCCAAUUGUAGGCUGCCGUCCCGCGAUUUACGGACAGGGGAUGUUUGUCAGGUGAAAGUAGUAGGCGCGUUCGCGGUCGUGCAGCAGAAGAGCCGCCUUUCCUGGAAGCUUCCCGCCAUUCCCGCGGCACCGGCUAGCGGUAGUCGAGGUAGCGGUGCCAGCGAGGAUGACGUGGCGGAUCAGAUCAGUGACGUGGCAGACGUGCAUGCGCUGUUCCCGGGCCUGCUAGACGACAUUCGCGAAUGGUUGCGAUUCUACGACUCAAUGCUUCUCACAGACAAUGCUGGUGCAUGUGCAUGCAUGGUUCACCUCCGUGCAACACGUGAAGAUGUUGUGGUGUUGGGAGAUUCUUGUGUAGCUGCGGAUUAA